AUCUUUUGGAAUCUAUUUUGCUAUUAUUAUAGGUGUUGCUAAAAGAAUUAUUUCUUUUCUUUUUAUUAUUCUUAUUAUUAUACUUGGAUUCGCACAUGCACUUUUUAUACUAUUAGAACCAAAAUCAGAUUUUUCUGAAAGUGAACAAGGAAAUUUGAAUGAUCCUAAUAAUCCUUGGUCGCUUACGAAAAAAUAUCAUCAAAUGACAGAAGAUGGAAAUAUCAUUAAAAAUGCAAUUCUAAUUGAAGAACCUGAUGGAUAUACCAAUUUAUUUUCUAACUACCCUAAUUCACUUCUUUCUAUGUAUUUAUUUCUUACAGGAGAUAGAAACUCUUUAUCAGCGUGGUCACCGAAUGAAAAUCCAUUAAUGAUAAUAUUGAUGAUAAUUUUUUCAUUUGUUGUUGUUGUGUACCUUAUGAAUUUGUUCAUCGGAUUACUGAAUAUGGCUAUUGAGGCGGAUAAUAAUCGAGCGUCUUAUUUAGCACAAAAAGCAUUGAUUCUUAGAGAAAUUGAAUUAUUUUAUUUGUUUCCGCAUCAAAGACGUUGGAAAACUUGGUUCCCUGAUAUUAUUUAUUACUAUGCAGACGUUGAUAAACUCACCAAGGUUAAUUAAUGAAAGAUUUGAAAAAUAAUGAAUUUGUCAAAUGAAAGAAAGAAUUUUUAAGACUAACUUUUGGAAAUUAAAAUAAAGUUAGGGUUAGGAUGCUUAUAAUUAUAGUUACUAUUAGAGAAAAUAUAUGUUAAUUUAGCCGCAUAAACCAGUCAUAAACUCGGGUCGUUAUAAUAUUAUAUAUUUAAUAUAUCAGACAGUCCUAAUAGUAUAUUCAUCCUUAAGCUUAAAUUGAAACAUGUACAAAGUGUAAAGUGGUUUUUUGUCAUUACUUUAUAGAUUCUUCCGUAUCAAAGACGUUAGAAAUCUUGCU